AUGUAUCCCCCAUCAACCCUACCCAAUCCACUGGAAAUAGUACUAGGGACACUUUGCUCCAACGAGAUGGCAUCAUCAGACCCACGGGUAUUCAGUGAUGAGGAUGACCUAGACAAAAGAACGACCGAGAUUUGCGAGGUUUUGAUGUUGUCGACAUCUAAACUGCUGGUGCACAAUCACGUCACGUCCGCCAUCAUAAGAUGUGUUGGAAGCACCGACGUUGAUGGCUUUGUGUAUGGCGGCCCCAGUCAAUUGGGUGUCGACGUGAUGGUGGAAGGAAGGUUAUUGCAUUACUGUAAUCGAGUUAACACUGUAAGCAACUGUUCAAGUCUCCAAGGGCGAUCGUGGUGCGGAAGACCUGACAAAAAGCUUUUGGACACAAGGAUAGAACCAACUUAUAUAUUCAUGACCUUCACCCUCGCAAUGCCUACUCUGACCAUUCAAGCUGCAGAAAAGUUGACGGUGGCCAACCUGAGAGGCACAAGCAGAAGUUGGUACGGUUGCGGGAGGUCACAUGCUGCACUCAACUCAAAUGUCUCCAAGUCUAACAAGCCCACCCUAAACCAACAUGUGACCUGUUCAUAUUUCGAAACCGGCAACUUUUCAAGCCUAUGCUUCCUUUCCUUCCACCCUCAUAAGCACACUAACGUCGCCACCACCACCCACAACCUGUCCUACCUCCCUUGA